UCCUGUCUUGACAACAACAAAAACAAAACACUAAACAAAAGCUAAUGUAAAAGGAAAUGUGGAGGAACAUGUCUAAAUGCAACAACAGAUAUGUAAAUGAUAUGAAAGAGGAAGAAAACAUGUGAUCAACUCAUUGUAUACAUUUUGUCAUCAAAGUUAUGUAGAGUUACAUCUGUACUUCAUACUAUGGCAACGCAAAUCUUCUCAUCGACUGUAAGUACGUCAUCAACAAUAGCCAACUAUGCACGAUUAGGACUAGCUUCUCAAAAUGAGUUACCAGACAUGCUUCGAGAACUCUUAUUGAUAAAAGAACCGCCACAUCUUUUGGAAGCUCACCUUCAAAACAACAGCUUCUUAUCAAGAAACUUAAAAGCAUAUGAAUGGAAUAUUAUCAGAACUGUUCAAGAGAACUCGUAUCAUGAUUUUGAUGAGGCGCUUACGUACAAGAUAAUAAGAAAUCUAAAUUUAGUGCCAAGUCCAAGCCAAGGCUGGGAUAAUGACAUGCAACCAUCUGCAUUUGAGAUAACAAUAGGCGAUGACAUUGAACGAAUAAGGCGAAUUAGGAAUGAGAUAGUUCACAGAGGAAACACAAAUGUUCAAGACUCUGAAUUAGCUAAGUAUUUCUCUACAUUUAAGAGUAUAGCCAGCAGGCUUGAGUCAUACCUUUCGAAGCCAAACAGAGAAUUUGUUUCAAAAAUAGAGAUAGCUGAAACUUGUUGUAUAGACAAAGAUUCAGAACAACGAUACCUCAGACUAUUGAACGAUUUAGCUGAACAUAAGGCACAACUAACCAUGAGCUUUGCUGAUGUUUACCAGGACCUAGGUAGUCUACGUUCAAAAAUGAAAGGGAAUGUUUCAACACUUCAAAAGAAAAUAGACAGCGUGAUAAAAGAACAAGACGAGGUGAUUCCGAGGAAUAUUAGAGAUCAAAUUGAAAAUGAUUUACAAAAAUGGAAGCACGAUGAUGAGAAGUUUGUACCUACAAGAGCUGUUCAAUUUGUACUAAAUUGUCGGAAAAAAGAAAACUGUGUAACUGUUGUUGGAAGCCCGGGGAUAGGCAAAACGGCUAUCACAAGACACGUUGCGUUAAAGAUGGAAGCCUUAUGAUAUACUGUCAUUCAUAUAACAGUCCCAACAGAUAUAAGAGACUUUUACCAGCCUGGAAAACUAACAAUUUUUGUUGUUGAUGACAUUUGUGGUAAUUUUACAGCUUAUCAAAAGAUGAUUGACAGCUGGAAACAGUUACUUGGUGUUGUUGAAAGCAUAUUAUCAGAUAAUUGUAAAUUGGUUGUGUCUUGUAGAUCAGUGGUUUAUAAAGAUAAGAAAUUUAGUGUUUUAGUCCCAUUUAAAUCUUGCAAAUCUUGUAAUAUGAGUUCAACUGAAUUACAGUUAUCAAAGUCUGAACGAAUGAAAAUAGCCUCAGUUCACUUGGGCAAACAUGGGUAUGAAAUAGCUCAGAAGUCUCCUUAUGACUUCUUUCCUCUUUUGUGCUUUCUUUGUAGUAGACAAGAAAACGUCGAUAUCAAUAAAUUCUUUAGUAAACCCUUUUCAGUAUUUGAGAACGAGCUUGACAGCCUUUAUUGUCAAGGAGAAGAUGGCAAGUGUAAGAUAUGUGCUUUAUCACUUUGUGUUAUUUAUAAGAAUGAAUUAGAGGAGAAAUACCUUACAACCAAUGAUCCCACUGUCCGUGUUAUCAUAGAUAAUGUCUGCGAAGCGUGUGGGUUGAACAUAGGAACUUCCAGAGUCAAAAUAUCAAAGAAGAAUUGGAUACACUUGUAGAUACGUAUCUAAAGAAAGAAAGAAAUAUGUACCAAACAGUCCAUGAUAAGUUUUUUGAUUUUCUGGUUUAUUACUGCAGUACCAAAAUGUUCAGUUGUCUUGCUGAACACGCAGUUAGUAGUUUGAUCCAAAAACGGUUUCUCCGGAACAAAAUACUUGAUGAGAAGGAUAGAGAUAUAGACGAGUUUAUCAUUAUAUUUCCAGACGAUAAAUUAGCAUUGUAUUUGAACAGGCUUGUCAAAGACUGGUCAAAAGAGAAAUUAAGAAAAGUGUUUGUUGAAAAUAAUAAUAUGAAGAGUGAAAAAUUUAGGGACGCAUUACUAACUGAUUUAGCACAUCGUGAUUCAGUAGAACAGGAAAAACUUGCCAACAUGACACAGACGUAUAACGGGACACUUUUAAGUUGCUUAGAAGUCUGUUGUCGCCAAGAAUAUACCAAUUUUCUACCGUGGAUUUUAAAACAAGGUGUUGAUAAAGCUCAAAGUAAUAGUCAUUUGACACCAGUUAGUUUAGCGUAUGGUAAAUAAUAAAGAAAUGAUAGAUAAACUAUUAAGUUUUGGGGAAGAUAUCAACAAAUUAGGAAGCACAGAUAUGACACCAAUACAUUCCUUACGGUGUUACAAUGAUAUCAAUGUAGGUGUAGUAAAUUUAUUAAUGAAACAUCGAGCUUGCAUCAACAAUCAAAUGUUUAAUGGUUCAACUCCAUUACUCUUAGCUAUAUCUACUAAUCAAAAUAUACAGGUAUUGAAGAUACUUCUUUACAGUUCAGCGAAUUGUAACAUUGGUCUCUAUAACAGUGAGACAAUAAGAAAUAUGAUGGAAACGGUGGAGGUUUGGACAAUGGAAGAAGAGAUGACAUUUUGGUUGACUUGGUUUACAGAUAACUGCUCACCUUUUGUUGAUGAAUAUGUUAAACAAGAACCAGACAAAGUACUUGAGAUCAUGGGGGGAGCAACACUGUUGCAUAUGGCUUGUUUUAAAAAUGACAUUCAAAUCAUUGAACUCUUAUUGGACAAAAAUGCCGUCAUCAACAUAGGUAAAGAAGAUGGCUCGACACCUCUAUUGUUAGCUUGUCAGUUUGGUUUCACUGAUGUCGCAACAAUACUUCUUGAACACGACGCCGACCGAGAAAUUGGAAGAGAUGAUGGAAAAAACGCAAUAGACAUGGCAAAACAAAAUAAUCAUUUUGAGAUUUGGUUUCAUUGUUAGGAAAUCUUAGGUGGAAAAUGAAUAUUGAACUUUAUUAAUUUCAUGUCUCCUAAGUGCUGUCCUAGAUUUAUAAAAAUGUACCUUUAUCAGGAACGCUCAAUCACAAACAUUCGAAAGUCACGGAUGUAUAAAGACGUGAAUAGAAUUAUAAACAUUAAGGACGGGAAAAAUAUAUGGAACAAGAUUAGAAGGUUCAAUAGGCAGAAAAGGAAUAAAAAGAAUGAAAUAACUGCUUCGUAUUAAUAAACAUCAGCUGUAACUAUUCACUUAUAAUAUAAGGGACAGGUGCUUUCUUUCAGGGACACCCAACUUAAACCUCGGGGGUUUGAAGGUAUAUUGCUUAUUCGUAAGUUACAAUUUGUUUUCUUUAUAGUUUUAUUUUCGGUUAUGUGUCUGUUCAUUGUUUUUCGUUUUAGUAAUGGUGUUGUCUGUUUGUCUUCGGUGUAAGUUUUUUUUAAUUGUUCCCCUGAUAUGCUGAUAUUCGUUUCCUUUUUAACUUAGCUGUAUGAUUCUGUGUAAUAAAAACUCAUUUGACAAGAUAGAACAAUAAGAUUGGAUGGCAUUUUUUUAGCUGCUUUUUAUGUCAAAAUCAAGAGGUGAAUUAAGGAACAGCUAUUCCUUGCAUAAUUCAAACCUAAACUCAAUGUCGCAAUACGUAUACUGUAUUAUUAAAUAUGUUUGUACU